AUGGUCAUCGAUCCCCUCACUGCUCUCGGCCUCGCUUCCAAUAUUAUAUCCUUCAUAGAUUUCGGUGUUCAAGCGCUCGCCAAAGGCCGCGAGCUCCAUAAGAGCGCCACUGGCCGACUCAUCGAACACGACGAAUUCCGUAGUGCCAUAGGGCGGCUUCAGCAGCUGCGAGAAGGCAUCGACAUCUCCCUCCAAUCGCUGUCCAGCCGAACAGGCUUAACACAUGCCGAAGCGGCACUCCAGGAGAUCACAGCCGAGUGCCAGAAAAUCUCCGAGGAGUUCCAGGACGCCCUGUCCACAUUCACAGCUCAACCUGGGCAGAGUCCCUGGAAGAGCUUUAGGCAGGCCUUCGAAGCUUUAUGGAAGAAGGAUGGCCUUGAGCGCAUGCAGCAAAGGUUGAAUAACCAAAGUGAACAGCUUGUCUUACACCUCCUUGUUGUCGUGAGCCAGCGGCAGAAAGAUAAUUCUGACCAGCUUUACGCCAAGACUUCUGAUGCCGAAGCUCAUAUACUCCGAGCAAUCGAAGCUUCACGUCGGGAUCUGAAGGCUGAUCUGGACGAGCUGGUCAAACUGAAUCGGGACCGACGAGGCAGGGACCAAGACUUGAAGUUCGCGCGCGGCAUCACCACUUUGACACAGGCUCGUUCAAGCGAAAUCCAGAAGCUCUCCGACAACGUGUCCGGUAAGCUCAGUAAUGACAUAAUAUGUGAUCUCAUCCUGCACAGUCUUCAAUUUCCACAGAUCCGAGACCGGAAGUUACAGAUUGGUGCAAGAGCUGCUCACCCCAACACGUUCACUUGGAUCUUUAACAAGGGUGCGCAAAAUGGACUUGAAAACUCGAACUUUGCAAAAUGGGUAGAAGCAAAACACGGGUCGAAAAACAUCUUCUGGGUCGCCGGCCGUCCAGGAUCUGGCAAGUCAACGCUGAUGCAUUUUCUAUCUCUGGCACCUCAGACAAAUGACGCCGUAGCAUGUUGGACCGAGCAAAUGCCUCUUCUGCAAGCUGCCUCGUUCUUCUGGCUCUCGGGAACGCGUUUGCAAAAGUCGCUGUCUGGCCUCCUUAGGGCACUGUUGUACGAUCUCCUUUGUCAAGACGUUUCCCUGAUUGAAGAGGUGGCCCCAUUGCGAUGGCGAGCCUACUCGUUGGGUUUCAGCACGCCAGCAUCGUGGUCGAAUGCGGAAUUGAUAGAAGCCUUGCGCGACUUGGUGCAGGCUACAGCAGCGAGUCAUCGAAUCUUUCUUCUCAUUGACGGGCUCGACGAAUUUGAGGGCUCAUUCGCGGAACAGAGCGAACUUGUUGAGUACCUGAAGUCUCUAGCCCACUGGGCCAAUAUCAAGGUCUGUGUCUCUAGUAGACCUUGGCCGAUCUUCGAGAGUGCGUUUGGGAACUACCCUCACUUUCGGCUGGAGGAGCUUACCCGGAAUGACAUCAACCUUUAUGUCAAUGAGAAAUUUGCCAAAGUGAGCGAGUUUGAAGACCUCCAGACUCUCUACCCUGAAGAAUGUUCAAAGCUUAUCCAUGAGGUUGUCAACAAGGCGCAAGGCGUCUUUUUGUGGGUAUACCUUGUGGUACUCUCCCUCUCGCAGGGUAUGGUGGACGGGGACUCCAUGUCAGCGCUUCAAGCGCGUCUAACCGCGAUUCCUGGCGAUCUGGAGGCGUACUUUCGAAAGAUUAUUGAUGGGAUCCCGGAACAAUAUCGACCGUUGGCUGCAUCAUAUUUCAGUAUCAUGACGGCGGUUGGCCAGGACGAAGUUUCUGCGCUUUCUCUGUCGUUUCUCGAGGAAUCAAGCUCUGACUUUGUGCAAAUCCACCCCGUGAAACCUGUUGCAUUACCAUUAAUUGAGGCCCGAAAACGGUCCAUGGCCAGGCGUCUGGAAAGCCGCUGCAAAGGGCUGCUACAGGUGAAUAAGCUUCGGGAUCGCGGCAACUUUGGAGACCAAGUGGUGGACUUCCUUCAUCGAACGGUUCGAGACUUCCUCUUAUCCAAAGACAUUCAACAAAUCCUUCAGCAAUACUCUUCUGGCUCCUUACACCCGUUUCUGUUUCUCUGUCGCUCUGUCCUUACUCAAAUGAAGAUGGUUGGGCCCGAGGAACCUGGCUUGUCACACUUGGCCACACAAUAUUUCACAUACGCUGAAAGACUCGAAUCCUCCACCGGUCCUGCAUAUAUUGGCCUUACCGAACUUUUCUUCGAACUUGCUCACGGCCUCCUGCUGAAAGACCCACGGGAGCAGGAGCGAUACGGGUCUGUUGGUUCGAUCCUGAAGGUGGCCAUAGCAUACCGCUUGGUGCAUUACUCAAUGUCCAAGAUUAGCUCUUCAAAAUUCGACGUGAACAAACUAUAUUGCGCUCACCCUGUGCUGGAUCGGGACCACAGUACAGAACGCACGUUUCUGCUGUGGGAGUGCAUACCACCAGGAACAAUCAAGGACCCCGCAAAUCCUGAAGUAACUGUACCAAUCGGCGGGCCUCCUGCUCCUGAGUUGUUCGCGGCGUUGUUCGCAAGAGGCGCUAAUCCCAAUCUUAAGAAGGACGAACUGACUAUCUGGGAGGAAUAUCUGCGCCAGGCGAACGCCAUGCUUGACAGACACCGUUCUGUGCGCCUCAGUGAAGGGUCCUGGACCCGCACAACACGCUUGUUCAUCGAGCAUGGGGCGUCGUCCUCUGGGAGAGAUCCUCGUUAUCCACCACAAUGGCGGGAGAGGGCUGCUGCAGGGAAAAAGUAUCGGUUCAACGCUGCACCCCAGGACCUGGCAGAUGCAGUCCAACACAUCUUUGAAGCGCCCGCGGGAAGAGAGUUGGCCGAAGCUCUGCGAGCCCGGAGUACCGUGACUGGGAGGCUCAAGAAGUUCUUCGUAUCGUGA